GGGCCAGGGAUUGGCAGGGUUGUAUUAACAGAGGCCGUGAUUGCUGAAGUAUCUGGCAGGUCUAAAUGUCUCUGAUGAGCCUCCUGCCCUGUGCUCCACUCUGAGGAGGAAGACGAGGAGAAGGCCUGAUCUCUCUCGGACCAGGGACCGCAUCCGUCAGGAGCCCUGAAUGUCCGCGGCACAUUUCGUCAACAUGGAGUUCUGAAGUCCAUGUGGGUCCUCGCAGUGCACCAGGUCCUAAGGAAAAUGCAGAGACGCCACAGCAGCAACACGGACAAUAUUCCACCUGAGAGAAGCCGCAGCCAGGCGCUCAGCCCUGAGGCCAGCGUCGAUGAGGGCGGUGUAUUUGAGAGCCUGAAGGCAGAGACAGCCUCCCCUCCGGCACUCUUCUCAGGCCUGGCAGGUGGCCUGCCUGCCAACCCCUUCCCAGCAGGCCUGGUGCUGGGUUCCACAGCAAGUGGUGGGGACGUAUUCAUACCAAUGCCAGCCACCAGGGAUGAGGCCGGAAGCCGCAGCACUGAAGGAAGCACCUACCACCACCGCCAGGCCCACCACCACUUCCACCAUGGUGCCCACCGCGGGGGCUCCCUACUGCAGCACGUGGGUGGUGACCACCGCGGCCACUCAGAGGAAGGAGUAGACGAGCAGCCAGGAACUCCAGCGCCCGCCCUGUCCGAGCUGAAAGCUGUGAUCUGUUGGCUUCAGAAAGGACUGCCCUUUAUCCUCAUCCUGCUGGCCAAACUGUGCUUCCAGCACAAGCUGGGCAUUGCUGUGUGCAUCGGGAUGGCCAGCACCUUUGCCUACGCAAACUCCACCCUCCGGGAGCAGGUGUCCUUGAAGGAGAAGAGAUCAGUUCUGGUCAUCUUGUGGAUUCUGGUCUUCCUGGCAGGGAACACUCUGUAUGUCCUUUACACCUUCAGCUCGCAGCAGCUCUACAGCAGCCUCAUAUUCCUGAAGCCCAACCUGGAGACGCUGGAUUUCUUUGACCUGCUGUGGAUCGUGGGGAUCGCCGACUUUCUGCUGAAGUAUAUCACCAUCGCCCUCAAGUGCCUCAUCGUGGCCCUGCCCAAGAUCAUCCUGGCCGUCAAGUCCAAGGGCAAGUUUUAUCUGCUCAUCGAGGAGCUGAGCCAGCUGUUCAGGUCACUUGUUCCCAUCCAGCUGUGGUACAAAUACAUCAUGGGGGAUGAGUCCUCCAACAGCUACUUCCUCGGAGGGGUCCUGAUUAUUCUCUACAGUCUGUGCAAGUCGCUCGACAUCUGCGGUCGUGUGGGUGGACUCAGGAAAGCACUGAAGCUCCUUUGCACCUCCCAGAAUUACGGGGUCCGAGCCACAGGGCAGCAGUGCACAGAGGCGGGCGCCAUCUGCGCCAUCUGCCAAGCUGAGUUCCGAGACCCUAUGAUUCUCCUGUGCCAGCAUGUGUUCUGCGAGGAGUGCCUCUGCCUAUGGCUGGACCGGGAGCGCACCUGCCCACUCUGCCGCUCUGUUGCCGUGGAUACCUUGCGCUGCUGGAAAGAUGGGGCCACGUCCGCACACUUGCAGGUGUACUAAGCUGAGCACAAGUGUCUGGCAGACACCAGAGGGCCUGACACUGCUGAGACCAGCCCUGAGGGUUCCUGGGAAACAACCUCCAGCACUUUUUUCUGCCUUCACCACCUCUACCUGAUGCCCCAGGCUCUCCCCACCAACACAUCCCUCAUCACCUUGCCCCACCAGAAAGGGGAGCCCUCCUCACUCAGGCUUGGCUUCCCACAGGUAGGUGGUCUCUA